GAAUACACAGAGGCUUGUGCGCUCCACGCGGACCUACAGAGGACCAUGACAAGAAGAAUAUAUCAGCAAUACAGAAUAAUAGUAUACUACGGAAUAGAUGUAUACUGAGAGCACUUUAAAGCAAUUUUAUAGGUAUGCACUGUCACUUAUUUCCCGUGAACAUUUUACUAUUCAGCUUCACUCUGCUUUUAAAGGAAAAGUUCGAAGAGCGCCUGGUUUUAAAUGAACUCAUGCUGACAAAGUACACGCGCUCCUGCCUUGCGUCUUUAAACCUUUUCAUUUACUUUUGAAAGAAAAGACAUCAAAGCUAUGCUACAGAGAAAGUAAGUGGCAUAUUUUACAUUAAAAAGUGCAUGUUUAGUUUAACAAAUGCGCGAAAGUGAUGGCUGCGCUUAGGCGUAAAUUUGGAGAAGAUUAUCAGGUGGUGAACACGAGCCGAGGCGCGACUUUCUCCAGCGCGCCCGUAAAGAAGAAACGCCAGCGCUUCGUGGAGAAGAACGGACGUUGUAACGUGCAGCACGGCAACCUUGGCGGAGAGACCAGUCGUUAUUUAUCGGACCUGUUCACAACCCUUGUGGACUUAAAGUGGCGCUGGAACCUUCUCAUUUUUAUUCUCACAUACACCAUCGCCUGGCUAGUAAUGGCCUCGAUGUGGUGGAUCAUUGCAUUUAUAAGAGGGGACCUGAAUCAUGGCCACGACGCGACCUACACUCCAUGCGUCGCCAAUGUGUACAACUUCCCGUCAGCGUUCCUCUUUUUCAUUGAGACCGAGGCGACCAUUGGCUAUGGUUACCGCUAUAUAACUGAGAAGUGUCCUGAGGGCAUUAUACUCUUUCUCUUCCAGUCUCUACUGGGCUCAAUAGUGGACGCGUUCCUUAUCGGCUGUAUGUUCAUUAAGAUGUCUCAGCCAAAGAAACGCGCAGAGACGCUUAUGUUCAGUCAGGACGCGGUGAUCUCACAGCGAGACGGAAAACUCUGCUUAAUGUUCCGCGUGGGCAAUCUGAGGAACAGCCAUAUGGUGUCCGCGCAAAUCAGGUGUAAACUCAUAAAGUCUCGUCAGACACCGGAGGGUGAGUUUCUGCCACUGGAUCAGUGUGAACUGGAUGUGGGGUUUGGAACAGGCGCUGAUCAGCUCUUCCUCGUCUCUCCUCUCACCAUCUGCCAUGAGAUCAACCCCAAAAGCCCUUUCUUUGACCUGUCCCAGCGCUCGCUUAUGAAUGAGCAGUUUGAGAUCGUGGUCAUCCUGGAGGGCAUUGUGGAGACAACGGGGAUGACGUGUCAGGCUCGUACCUCGUAUACAGAAGAUGAGGUGUUGUGGGGUCAUCGUUUCCUGCCCGUCAUGUCUUUAGAGGAGGGCUUCUUUCGGGUGGACUACUCCCAGUUCCACAGCACCUUUGAGGUGCCCACACCACCAUACAGUGUAAAAGAAUGUGAAGAAAAAUCCUCGCUAACCUCUCCAACGGGCACUCCGCACCACGAGCACGCAUUCCCCAUGGAUUGCCUGGAAGCAGGUGACGAUGGAGUGGGUUCAGGUUCUUGCAAGCUUCCCAGUAAACUCCAGAAAAUGAAUUCAUCCGGCAGAGAAGAACUGCAGAGAAAAGUGUUGCGUCUCAGCUCUCAGCAUUCAGAGAAAGCGUCGAGCACAGGAGACCUUCCACUUAAACUGCAGCGCCUUUGCUCCAGCCCCGUGCAGGGUGACGGAGAGUCACGAUUCCACCUCAAAGCCCUCAAGGUGGGCUUUCAGCCUAUGGCCAUGUCCACUGGAGACCUACACCAUAGGAGCCUGCCUCAAACCCCCGCGGUCACGUAUCCGCACACUCCCCUUCAUACGCCUAUGUCCUCUACUGGAGGACGACCAGAGGACAACCUGCCCCCAAAAUUACGGAGGAUGAAUGCGGAUCGCUAACCAAUAAGUGCAUUUGGAAUUGAAUGAGGACUUUUGUGAAGAAAGGUAAAAUGUAAAAAUAAACUUUGCUGACUGCAGAAUGAAUGCAAAACUGGUAAGAGGUGGAUAAUUUAUAGAAAGCAUGGGAGGUAGAAUUUACUUAGUUGUUUCGUCAUCAGAAAGCACAAAUGAAUGCGAAAGAACUGUAAUUUUAAUUCUUUAGCAGUUUACUGGUGACUACAGUCACCCAGUGUGUCUCUCGUGCACACUUAAGGAGGUCGCAUACCAGGCAAGAAGCACAGCGCUGCGUCACAUUGCGUGUAGGACACCGAUCGUGCACGUUUAAUAGCGCAAGCUUAAUCAGACAGGGUCUAUUUCCAGAUCCAAAAUAUGCGUUAGCAACCUAUGUUAGUCAUUAACGAUUGGGGACACGUGUAAUGUUAUUUAAUGUUAAACUAUGUGAGUGGGGCGGCAGAGAUUUGAGCAGCGUCCAGAGUCACAGCUGACAUCCGCCGCAGGUGUGUGUACGUUCAUAGAAGAUAAUGUGUUAGAUUUUUAGUUACAUGGCAGUUCUUCUUGUCCGUUGUGCGACCUCCUUUAAAAAAAAAAGUCACUAAAACACACAACAGUAACAAUAUCUGCAUGCCUACUUCUCAUUUCUAGUCGUGUAUUACACAGCCCUCAGUUAUCGCUAGCUAAAAUAAAUAAAUUCUAUUUAUCAAGCCACAAA